CUUCAGAGUUCAAGAACUCCCUCUGGCUCGUAUUAAGAAGAUAAUGAAACUAGAUGAAGAUGUGAAGAUGAUCAGCGCAGAAGCUCCGGUGUUGUUCGCCAAGGCAGCUCAGAUAUUCAUCACAGAAUUGACUUUGCGGGCCUGGAUACACACGGAAGACAACAAGCGGAGGACCCUGCAGAGGAAUGACAUUGCCAUGGCGAUUACAAAGUUCGAUCAGUUCGAUUUUCUUAUUGAUAUUGUUCCAAGAGACGAGCUGAAGCCUCCAAAGCGUCAGGAGGAGGUGCGUCAGGCUGUGACGCCGGCGGAGCCCGUGCAGUAUUAUUUCACGCUUGCUCAGCAACCGGCUGCGGUGCAGGUCCAGGGGCAGCAGCAAGGACAGCAGACCACCACGUCCACGACGACUAUCCAGCCGGGACAGAUCAUCAUCGCCCAGCCUCAGCAAGGGCAGGUGGGAGAAGGGCAGCAGGUGCAGAUCGUGCAGGCGCAGCCGCAGGGACAGACCCAGCAGGCUCAGAGCGGGACCGGGCAGACCAUGCAAGUCAUGCAGCAGAUCAUCACCAACACGGGAGAAAUCCAGCAGAUACCGGUCCAGUUGAAUGCUGGCCAGCUGCAGUAUAUCCGCUUAGCCCAGCCCGUGUCAGGCACCCAGGUAGUCCAGGGGCAGAUCCAGACGCUUGCAACCAAUGCACAGCAGAUAACGCAGACAGAAGUCCAGCAAGGACAGCAGCAGUUCAGCCAGUUCACAGACGGGCAGCAACUCUAUCAGAUCCAGCAAGUGACCAUGCCAGCGGGCCAGGACAUCGCCCAGCCCAUGUUCAUUCAGUCCACCAACCAAACCUCGGACGGGCAAGCCACACAAGUGACGGGGGACUGAGCGGGGACGCUGUAGCAGGGUUCUCCGCAUGGAAACAAACGCGUUCCCAGCCUGACGUUUGCCGUGCCGCCCCAGUCUGAUGAAUACAUCUGCUUCCGUGUAUCUGUACUUGAUAUUAAGCCUAUAGUAGGCUGUGAUCUCUGGUGCACUAUACACCUUCCUCUGGUGGGUAUGAGAGAAUAUCCAACAGACACUGACAAGAAUGCAAUAUUUUUAUUU